GAAUGACAUUUAUAAAUAUUUCCUCAGCCUAUAAUUUUCCCCACAACACCUGCACCUCAGAUUGCUCCAGUCAGUGCUUCAGUUUGGAUUGUUAUUGCUGCAGCCAUUUAUCUUGUGUUGGUUACAAUUAUAAUUCUAUUACGACAGUGUUUAGUGUCUCAAGGCUUUUGUACUUCUUGUUACUGCUGUGGUAAAGCCGACGAACCGAACGAUUGUUGCGAUUGCUGGAUCUCAGUUGCUGAGUUUUGUAAUUGUAACAUACCAGACCUAAGAUCUUGUUGUGACGCUAUCUGUGGCCCAAGAAGGAGCUGCGUGGAUUGUUGCGAUUGUUCAGGUGGUUCUGGUGAUUGUUUUGAUUGUAAUUGUUGUGACGACACAGGGGGCUGCAGUUCAGUGCACUGUGCGUGUGCUUGUCAGUCCCCAGACUGUGACCAUAUCAAUUGUCUCUGCUUCGAAAUACAACGAUAAGGAUCCACAGGUUGCCAUCCUUCUACUUGUGAGUUUCCUUCCUGUCCAUCUUGUACUGGUUGUCAAUGCCCUGAGGUUGACUGCCAUAAACCAGAGUGCGACGAAAUCGCUUGCUGUUGUUUUACCAUCAAUUUGAAGUGAAACACCCAACAUUAUAAUGAACCCAUUAAGCUGCACUGUGAAACAACCUCAGUUCUUAAGCAUUGGGGAAACCGUCUUCCACAGUGGCUGUGCUGUCAUUGAAGUCUUGUUUCCUAACUAUGGGAACGUCAAUAUUGGGAAGAUUACGUUUGUGAACAACUACACAGCUUUUCUCAAUAUUAAAAUCAAAGUGCAGGAGAAAACUAGUGAUGGACAUAAAAGCUUCAAAUGGAAAACCCUCUUAAAUAAACAUCGACUUAUGAAAAAUCCUCACUGUGAAACUGGGAGUCAGGAUUACUACACACUACUACCAGCUGACUUCAAAUGCAAGCCACACAAUGUUAGCGCCAUGCGUUUUAUUCUAUUCCAACCUUCACCUAACUGGAAAACUUUCUCCCUUGAAGAAAUUUAUGUUUUUCAGAAACCAAACUUGAGAUCCGAAGCUUCGACUGCUGUCCCACAUUGGUUAAAAAGUCCUCAAGAUGAACUAUGUAUUGGGUUAUCCAAGAAUGAUUCCAAACCAUCAGAUGAGGCUCGUUUAUGUGGUCUUCCUGAUCCUGAAGAUCUUUCCCUCCAUCUCCAACAGAUGUGGAUGUUAACUGAUAAAGUAGAAGACUCAACUCCCAAUGUUAGACUUGGAAGAUUUGACAUUGAUGGAUGCUAUGAGAUAAAUCUUUUAUCUUAUUCUUGAUCUUAUCUCCUCUUGGGUCGAUCAAAGGAAUCAUCGUUGUUUAUAAAAUACCAAAUCUAAGUUAAAAUGGAAAUCAAACCAAACAGAAAAAGUCAAAACAUGCAAUGCACAUAAAACAGUUAAUCUGCAAUAAGGAAUCUCUGUUAAAAUGAAAAUCUAACCAAACAGAGUGUAAACUCUAAAACCAACCACAUAAAACACAAAACUCAUUUAUAUUCCUUUUAAAUGUCACUAGGCUUUUUUAAAGUCUAGAUGUUUCCAACAGAGCACACCUUGUAACAUUGCUUAAACAUUUUCGAGAAAAUGGGUGCUGUUUCCCAACUAGUGCUUUGUAGACCCUUGAGAGUCUGCAGCAUUUUAAGUUGCCACAAACCAUUAAAGCUUGAGAACACCUCUCUAUACUUCUAUGAUUCAAACUACCUUGCUAUGGCUGUUUUGAAGCAAUUUUAAACUAAAAGUUGUAUCUUUUUAUACUUUUAAUAGGUUUUAAUAGUUUAACAUUAAGUUUGCGAACUAUAUUUCUCUCAUAAUGCUUUAUACCAAGUAGGUGCUGUUCCUUUGUCAAAUUUAUAUUUUUUUAUAUGAUCUUCAUAUAAAUGUGGUAGCUGAACACUGUAAUAUAAAUUCUAUUUGUAACAUA